AGAUAUCUAUAUAAAGUUAAUAUGUAGUUUGGCAAUAUUAAGAAAACUCUGGUAUUCUUUUAAUUAUAUGUAUACUUUAGAUAUCUGUGAAUCAUGUUGCACCUAAUUUUAGGAAUAAACAUUUGUAUAUGUAGUUACUUUCUACUUGGAAGUCUAAUGCUCAAGGCACAUUAGGAUGUGAAUUCAAUACUUAAGAAAGUUGGAUAAAUGGUUCAUUCUUAACUUUUGUAAUUCAUAUUUGUGAUUAUAUUUCUUCCACAGUAUUAUAUAAAAUGUGUCAAAAUGUAUUUUUCUGCAAAGGAGUAGUUCAGUGUCAGAUAUUCAGAAUGGAAAUCAACAGCUGUGUAUGAUAUAGUUAUGAGCAAACAUGCAAAGCUCAUACCACCGUUUCAUGAGAUUGUGGCUGUCACUUGUACAGGUAUUACAAGUAUGUGUAUAUACAUACUUUGUGCAUGUAGAUGUUAUAAGUAAUAUAGCCCUAAUUUCUAAGAAAUGCUUAUAGUUAGCAGAUGGAUUUAAAUUACUGAUAUUGGGCCAUGGUCAUGAGAUACAUGCACAUCUAUGUAUAUUUACACACACACAUGCUAUUUGCAGCUAGAGUUUAGCAUGUAUUUUGAGAAAAUCUCAUUUGUCAAACAUUCAAGAACAGAAAUUGAUGCUUAAAAUGUUAUUUCAAGGCUGGGAAGAAGUCUUCCUUUUUAUCACAUCCUCCAAGGUUUAUCUUGUUUCAUCUUUAUGUGGACAUUUUAUAUUAGAAUUGAAUUUUUCAUUUAAAGAGAAGGAGUUGACUUCUAAGACAUGAUGAUUUCUGUCCCUUGUUUUUUCUUAUGACUUUUCAGACUGCCAAUAGUGAAUGACAAAGAUAAUUACCCUCAUUUUCUCCCAUUCAUUCUUUCCUCAAACCAAAACCCUAUUAUUGCUUUAAAAAUACAAACUAAGGAUGUAUUUCACAGAUAGUUCUAUUCAGAGUUUUAAAAUGUUAUACCCACUACAAUUCGAUCUGAAAUGUUCAAGUAGCAUAGAAAUUCACUUCUCAAAGAACUGAGCAACUCUACUUAAGACAUCCACAUGACAGCUAACACGAGGAUUGCUGCUCAUUCAAAGGAGGAAUAUACUUUACAUUCAAUGCCAGAGGUCGUUUGCAGAUCCAUUCUUAAUUAUGCCAAACCCCUUAUAAUGCAGGUGGGAGAAAAGUAUCAUAUGAAGAGCAAAGAAAAGGAAACCAGUGAGAGAGUCCUAGGCUUUCUCAGACUGAUGGAAAUAGUAAGUGUAUGAUGAUCAGAUCUGCCUGCAUUUGUGCCUGUCCUUGCUGCACAUUGGGAAAAGUUUUGUGUGCCUAUGUGACUGUCCUUACACGGCUGCCUACCAGACUUUCUCCUACUCUAAACUGACUGUAACCAUGUUCAGCUGCUGACAGUGUGAAAUUGAGUUGUAUGGUGGACAGAAGACAAGCAGUCAAGGGGAAUCCCCAAAGGUAUGCAUGCACAUGCCUGUGAAGAUGAGGUGGCAGCUUGCAGGGGUCAUUCUCUCCUUCGGCCAUGUGGGUUCUGGGGAUCAAACUCAUGCCAUCAAGCUUGGUGGGUAAGAAUGAAGGUGCCUGCAUUUGAGGAUGUAAAAGAUGAAACUGAAGAGGAGAAAGUGGAGGAGGAAGAAAAGCAGGAGGACAAGGUAUUUCUUAAACCUGUUAUUGAAGACCUAAGCAUGGAACUGGCCAGAAAGUGCACUGAUCUCAUUAGUGAUAUCCAUUAUAAGGAAGAGUAUAAAAAAUCCAAGGACAAGUGCACAUUUGUGACUGAUACUCCUAUGCUAAACCAUGUCAAAAAUAUUGGGGCUUUUAUUUCUGAGGCAAAAUACAAAGGAACCAUUAAGGCUGAUCUUUCCAACUGUCUGUAUAAACACAUGCCUGCCACCAUUGACAGUGUCUUUGCAAGAGAAGUGUCGCAGCUUCAGAGUGAGGUUGCCUACAAGCAGAAGUAUGAUGCUGAAAAAGGGCUCUCUGAUUACUCCCACAUGAAGGAACCGCCGGAGGUGAGACAUGCCAUGGAGGUCAACAAACGCCAGAGUAAUAUUUCUUAUAGAAAAGAUGCGCAGGACACCCACACGUAUACAGCGGAGCUUGACAGACCAGAUAUCAAGAAGGCAACUCAGAUCUCCAAGAUCAUAAGCGAUGCAGAAUACAAGAAAGGGCAAGGCAUAGUGGAUAAAGAACCUUCUGUAAUUGGAAGACCAGAUUUUGAACACGCCGUGGAAGCCUCUAAACUUUCUAGUCAGGUUAAAUAUAAAGAAAAAUUUGAUAAUGAAAUGAAGGAAAAAAGCCACUGUUACAACCCUCUGGAAAGUGCUUCUUUUAGGCAACAGCAGCUCGCUACUGUCCUGGCAAGUGAUGUAAAGUACAAGAAAGACGUUCAGACCAUGCACAAGCCAGUUUCAGAUCUCCCAAAUUUGUUGUUUUUAGACCAUGCUCUGAAAGCCAGCAAAAUGCUCAGUGGAUGGGAAUAUAAAAAGAGUUUUGAAGAAAACAAAGGAUUGUAUCACUUUGAUGCGGAGGCCACUGAACAUCUGCACCAUAAAGGCAAUGCCACCCUCCAGAGUCAGGUAAAAUACAGAGAAGAAUAUGAGAAAAAUAAGGGGAAGUCCAUGCUUGAGUUUGUUGAGACUCCAUCAUAUCAGUUUUCAAAGGAAGCUCAGAAGAUGCAGAGUGAGAAAGUUUACAAAGAAGAUUUUGAGAAGGAGAUUAAAGGAAGGUCCUCACUGGAUUUAGACAAGACUCCUGCAUUUCUACAUGUGAAGUACAUCACCAACCUGAUGAGGGAGAAGGAAUAUAAAAAAGAUUUGGAAAAUGAAAUAAAAGGGAAAGGAAUGGAACUUAGUUCAGAAGUCCUUGAUAUUCAGAGAGCAAAGCGAGCGUCUGAAAUGUCUAGCGAGAAAGAAUACAAGAAGGACCUGGAGUCAGAAAUUAAAGGGAAGGGAAUGCAAAUUGACACUGAUACCCUUGAAAUACAACGUGCCAAAAAAGCUGCCAAGAUAGCCAGUGAGAAGGACUAUAAAAGAGACCUGGAGACAGAAAUUAAAGGGAAAGGAAUGCAGGUCAGUGCAGAUACUCUGGAUGUUCAGAGAGCUAAGAGGGCAUCCGAGAUGGCCAGCCAGAAGCUAUACAGGAAAGACUUAGAGAAUGAAAUUAAGGGAAAAGGAAUGCAGGUGAAUAUGGAUAUCCCUGAUAUGCUUCGAGCCAAGAGGGCAUCUGAAAUCUACAGCCAGAAAAAGUAUAAAGAUGAAGCUGAGAAAAUGCUUUCCAACUAUUCCACUGUGGUAGAUACUCCGGAAAUUCAGAGAAUCAAGAUAACACAACAAAACAUUAGCAAUGUGUCUUACAAAGAAGGAGUAAGAGCUGGUACAGCCCUAAGUAACACUCCAGAGAUUGAACGAGUGAAGAAAACCCAGCACAAUAUCAGUUCACUCCAGUAUAAAGACCAAAACUAUAAGGCCACACCAGUAACCAUGACCCCAGAGAUAGAGAGAGUUAGGAGGAACCAGGAGCAGCUGAGUGCGGUCAAAUACAAAGGAGAACUAAAACAGGCAACUUCCAUUUCGGAUCUACCAGAGUUGAAGAGAGUGAAAGAAAACCAGAAGAAUAUCAGUAAUGUUUAUUAUAAAGGUCAACUGGGAAAGGCUACAGCUUUAAGUGUAACUCCUGAAAUGGAAAGAGUAAAGAAGAAUCAAGAAAAUAUUAGCUCGGUGAAAUACACUCAGGACCACAAACAAAUGAAAGGUAGACCAUGUCUGAUCUUAGAUACACCUGCUUUGAGACAUGUUAAAGAAGCACAAAAUCAUGCUUCCAUGGUUAAAUAUCAUGAAGAUUUUGAGAAGACCAAGGGGAGAGGCUUCACUCCCGUUGUGGACGACCCUGUGAUGGAGCGUGCGAGGAAGAACACCCAGGUUGUGAGUGAUGCUGCCUAUAAAGGUGUCCAGCCUCAUGUCGUGGAGAUGGACCGGAGACCUGGGAUCAUCGUUGACCUCAAAGUGUGGCGCACAGAUCCUGGCUCCAUCUUCGACAUUGACCCCCUGGAGGACAAUAUUCAGUCUAGAAGUCUCCAUAUGCUCUCUGAAAAGGCGAGUCAGUACCAGAGACACCUGUCUCGCUCUCAUUCAAGCAGCACUUUUGGUACAGGUCUGGGAGAUGACAAGUCAGAGAUCUCUGAGCUCUACCCUAGCUUUUCAUGCUGCAGUGAGGUGACAAGACCAUCUGACGAAGGAGCACCCGUUCUUCCUGGAGCUUACCAGCAAAGUCAUUCCCAAGGCUAUGGGUACAUGCACCAGACCAGCGUGUCAUCCAUGAGGUCAAUGCAGCAUUCACCAAAUCUAAGGACCUACCGAGCCAUGUACGAUUACAGUGCCCAGGAUGAAGAUGAGGUCUCCUUCCGAGAUGGCGACUACAUUGUCAAUGUGCAGCCCAUUGAUGAUGGCUGGAUGUAUGGCACCGUGCAGAGAACCGGGAGAACGGGCAUGCUCCCGGCAAAUUAUAUUGAAUUUGUGAAUUAAUUCUUUCUCCUUGCCCUUUGAGCUUUAUUCUGAUGUAUUCUAAACCCAAUCUUUUUAAAAGAUAGAAGAUACUUUUCAGAUAACUUGGCAAUUAUUUUACAAUAAUGUAUACUUACUUUGACAAUUAGACACACAGGUACCAGGAAAAAGGAAUGACUUUUGGGCUGGAAAACAGCAGCAUCCAUAGUGAUUCCUGUAAACAAAACCAUUAGGUCUGGAGACCUGGUGCUGCUAAUUGUGUUUGUGGUUUCAUUUAAUUGGCUAUUCAACCCUUCUGGGAAAUGUAUUUUUGUAGACUUUAAUAGAGAUGUUGGUUGUCCCUUAAAUGUAACAAGUAUAUGAAACUUCUUAGCUGUCACUUGGAAUCAUCCGAAGCCAAUUCUCAUAGUACAGCAACACAGCCAAUAAUUUAAAAACCAUUCAGCUUUUGAACCAUGGGGUAAUUUUCAAUCUAAGUGAGAAUUGCCUAACGUAAUGAAUGGAAACAGUGGCAGAAUGAGUCUAGUUAGAAUCCUAUAGACUGAAGCCUUAGGGAGCAGGCAGGAAACUUGCCCCUUCCCUAGGCUCUAGUUAUUUCUCACGUGUUUCACGGUAUAGGCUAUGUCCAUUUACAUUCUGUGGAGCAGAGUGCAUGCUCAGGUCCUCAGACUAUCAGGACCAGGUAACUUCACAGCUACUCUGCAAAGGGCAAAGUUCAAUGUCAUCUGUGUAUUUUCCUAGUAGCCUCUCUCCUGUUGCAUGUCUCAUGGGCUUAAGCUUCUGUAACAUGACAGCUGCUUGCCCAUCCUUGUUAUAAAAGUCAGCAGUGUGGUUGACCUCUCCUUGCUCUUUUUUAUAGUGGCUAGCUCAUCAGAAAACAUUUUGAAAAGUUGCUUGAGACUUUCUUGCUGUAUUAAACUCUAGGUUUGAAAGACUCAUGCCCUAGGAAAUACAAAUAUACUCUAGUAAAUAGGAGAUUUAUGUAUUUACUGGAUAGCUUUCACUCACUUAAUACCACCAUUGAUUUAAAAGUAAAGUGAAUUGAACAGCAUCCUGUGUAAGUGGAAAUGGACUAUGCAGUAUACUGGAGGAAAACAAAAACAUCAAACAGUGAGCAAAAGUUUGCUCCACAAUUAGAUGAUUUGGUUGUCUAUUUUGGCAAUUGUUCUUCAGACUCUGGAUGGAAAUCUAGCCACUAAGUGUAUUCAUAAAAAGAAUUCCUUUCCUCACCCUUGUUUUUGUUUUCUAAAUCACCUUCUGGAUUAGAUAAGGAAGACAUCAGUGAUUUGUGUAUGUGUAUGUGUGUGUGUGUAUGUGUGUGUGUGUGUGUGUGUGUGUGUGUGCUCAAAUCAACAGAUGGUUCACUAAGAAGAAAAUGGAUGUCUUGUUUUGAGUGAGUAUGCAGGGUUUUUAUAGCUUCACAGCUCCAAGUAGAACCAUUAUUACCAUUGUGUCUUAAAUUUGCUCUGGAGUCUGCAGUCAAAGUUAGUGGAUGUCAACAUUUAUCACAAUUCGUGUUUUUCUCAUGGUGCCUCUUACUGUGACUUGAAGCAGCAUGGCGUUCAUGUGAGAUCUGAAUAUGAAGAGGGCAGAGUCACAAAAUUGUAAGGAGACACUGGGAUUGUGGGGAGACCUACACAAUAUUCUCAAGGAAAUUAGCUAGCACCCACCAGUGGAAAACAUUUGAAUGAAAUGUUUAUGAGGGCAAAGCUCAAAGUUGGUUCAUUUAAACCUUUGAAAAGUGAUUCCAUACUUUUGAAAAUCAGUAGUUUCAUUAAAUUUGCCUUAAAAAAGUUUUUGUUACACUGACCUGUGUUUCUGUGACACUGGUAGAAAACUGAAAAGAAAAAUAACUGGAGAUUUUCCUGGAAAGGGUUUUUAUAGACUCAUAAAUAAACUGCUUACCUAAUUUCCUGUCAUUUAAAUAGCCAGUCAAGAUUAACCUUCCUGUUUUCAUGUCUUAAAUACACACCUACAAAGACAAACUGCAGUUGCAAUAAUUUUGCAAAAAUAUUUACACUAAUACAAGGGUGAUAAACUGUUUCAUUUAUGUUAUGUGUCUUUAUGCUUCCCCAGGCAGACCGUGUGUGUGUGUGUGUGUGUGUGUGUGUGAUUAUUAUAAAAAGGGUAGUUGUUGAUUAAAACCUCAGACUAAAUGCAGGGCAGGUAUGAUUUUGGUUAUAGCCUGUGUGCAGAAAGCUCAACAGAAGCCGAUUUUGAAUUGAUGCUUAAUUUCAGCUAGUCCCCACAAAACAGCUCGAUAGUCCAUGUUCUUGCCACUCAUUAACUUCAAAAAGUCAGACUUGAUGAAUGUGAAAGUCAGUGUAUGUUUAGGAAAUCAGUGUCCUAAAUGUUGAGCUGUACAUGUUUUCAUAGCAAGAUAUUUCUGUUUUAAGCCUUUCAGAUUAAAAUCUGAUCUGAAUUAAAUGAAGGGCACUUAUGUUCACUACAGACUGAGGCAGGACAAGACAUUGCAUGCUCUUAAGGUCAUGAAUUGAUAGUCUUGACACUGUUACUAGCAUAUGUAAAAAUGUUACCCAUCUCAGCAGAAAAUAGGAACAUAGAUGUGUCAUACCCAGGUGCCAUCUUUUGCAGCACUGGUUAAAAAAAUUACUAGACUCUUAACACACUUUUCACAUCCUCCCUCCCCCCUUGCAGUUUGGCAGCCAGUAUCUCACAUGUAAAACUGACAGCUAUAGACCAAUUUAAAAACAAGCCCUUUAGAAAUCAAGUUAAAGGAAACGAAAUGCCAACCACAGAGAGUAUGCACCUGUUACUAAAUGUGAUGCCUUCUCAAGCCUGACAGAAGCACAAGAAGCCAUGUGAUACACUUCUCAAAGGCUCUGAAGACAAAUGUAUUUGGUUUGUGUUCCUCUUGAGAAAACUUUAGCAGCAGAAUAUAACGCUCUUGUUGUAAGCUUUUGUAGUAGAUUUAAAAAAAAACAUUUCCUGUUCUCUAGAGAGUUUUCUAUUUCUAACCUGUGACAAAAUGCCUACUUCAUGUCUUCAUUGUGUUGCACAUCCCCAGCGCAACUCAGUUUGAAAUUUUGAUCUGGUUGUCAUUCUCCACGGAGCCCCUGCAUCCUCCCGUAACUCUCACCCUCCACAGAGCACCCAGGAAAGUCUAAGCACAGUUUCCACAAGCACCUUGUGUGGAGAUGAGUGAGAAUCGGCAAGUGCUUCCCUUGCAAAGGCCCUUUGUUUGAAGAUUAUGAUGCUGUUUGGCUACUUUUACAGUAGUCUUUCAUUCCAGAUACUCUCCAUGCUGGGGUUCAUAACACUCCAGGAAUGCUGGGAAAAUCUUUUCCACAAAUGAAAUCAAGUGGCACACCUAGUUUUCAGAUUCCUCCACCUCUAGUGGAAUGAUUUCAGUUAAAUGACAAAGAAAAUUAUGUGUGAUCUUUAAUAACACAGCCCUAUAGACAGUGGAUAUAGUUUAUACUAAUGUUAUAAUAUAGAUAUAUACAAAAUAGGUGCCUUUUGAUUAUACUUGUUUAUCAUUAUGGUCUUGGAAAGGAAACCAAGCAAGCAAGCUUUUGCAUAUUCUAUAACAGUAUUUUAUGAUACAUGAUUGAUUUUUUUUGGUGGGAAGUGGGAUACUCCUAACUGAAAGAUGUUACAGGUGGUAGCUAGUUUUAUUUUCCUUCUAAAGUUUUAGAACUUUAGAAAAUAGUGACUUCUUCCAUUUUCUGAAAAGUUUUUUCUUGUGGAUUUACAUAUAGUUGAGAUAUAAGAGCAUUAAGUUUAAGUAUGGGGUUUAAAAUACUUAGAUAGAUUAGUUAUUAUGAGGCUGAAUUUACCGCAUAAGAUGAGCUUUAUGAGUUGAUUAUGUUUUAAUUGUUUGCCUCUGGUAAUCUGAAUGUGGCUACAUUGCACUCAUAUGGGGUAGUACAAUGUCAUGAUAAAGUUUCAGCUAAGUAGGAAUCUAUGUAAACUAAUUUAAGAUGCUAAAAUGGAGACUCUCUGAAGUAUUCCAUGCCCCAUAGGGCCUUUUUUCCAGGCGAGUAGCUGUCAGUAACUGAUGAUACAAAGUCAAGACAUUGUGGGAAACUUCUGUAGCCAUCAAUCCAGGAGGCAUAAGACUACUAGAAUCCUCAGGUCUGGAAGGCUCCCUGGGCAAAUGUCCUUCCCAAUUCUCUGUGACUUCAGUAUAUCCCCAGGACUCCACAUGCUUACUGUGUCUGAUACAUGGUAUCCUGUUUGUAUAACAUACACAUCACUGUUGUCAAUUAUUGUUAAAGAUGGUUUCCUCUAAAGGAAAGAGAGAAAACUGCAUUGCCAGCCUCCUUCCUUUACGUUCAUACAAUGAAUUGCUAAGCAUUUUGGAAGUAGCAACAAGGGUGAAACAGGCAUGAUAUUUGUGGAACUGUUGGUUUUUGACCUAUGAUAAAAAAAACAAAAUUUAAAUGAUGUAGUUCGGCUUCUGUUUGCUUUGAAAUAUGUACAAUUGUUGUUGGUGAUUAAUUUGUAAAAUUGUCCUAGCUUUGAGAACAUUAUGAUUUUGAAAGAAGCAGUUAAUGUUUUUAAUGGAUGGGGAUCACAGAAUAAUAUAAGGUUAUUAGUAUAAUUUGGCUUUGUUAUGCAAAUUGUUAACACCAGCUAUUAAACUAUAUUUUAGUAGAAAUGCUUUAAUUCAUGUUUUUUUCCUCUGCACUGUGAAUCUUUAAGCCUUGGUGGACCAGAGACACAUUGUGAUGUCCAAAGGAUUAACCUAUGCAAAUGAGUUCACAUCUUAUUGAUGUCACAGUAAACAUGUGCUAAGAAAUUAUUUCUCCUCACAGUGUACAGCAGUAUUGUAAUAGCACAGGAAGCCCGGCCUCACAUGUAUUAUACUGUAGUCAGUCACAAUCCCUUCAAGUCCACUAAAACCAUUAGCAUUUGUGGAAGUUAGAUUGGUAUCUAUUGAAACUAUUUGAUUGAUGCCAGGAGGAAAAUAACAGACAGGCAUCUUGGCUGUGGCUUUCACAGAACUAUAUUCUCACAUAUUUUCUCUUCAGGGUCUUGGUAUUCUGUGUCUUUUAUCUGUAUUUGUAAAACAUUAUGAUGCAUUAAUUUCCUAUCAACACAUUUGAUUUGCUUAAAUAAAUACAGGAUGUAACAAAA